UAGGGCUCUGAUGGCAGCCAUUAUUAGCAUACAUUUAUGAAGAUUGGUCUGGACGUUAUGCUGAACAAGUAGCAUAAGGCUGAGUAUAGAACUCCACGGUCAACAGUUCCUAGACUGAUUUAGUCUCCCUGCCUCAUGGUCCAUUGGUGAUGGAACGAAGGAAACAAUUUGAUAUGGAACUACGUGAAUCUGCUGCUAAGUCGAGUAAAAAUGAUGCUGAUGAUGACAAACCAACCUGCUUUAGUUGUGUCAUUUGUGGGAAAAGCUUCCCUUUCCAGAGCUCCCUUUCACAGCACAUGCGGAAGCACACAGGUGAAAAGCCAUAUAAAUGUCCAUACUGUGACCAUAGAGCUGCCCAGAAAGGAAAUCUGAAGAUACACCUGCGAACACAUAGGACUGGUACUCUUGGCCAGGUCCAUGAUGUGGAAAUGGGAGAGUCGCAUGGAGAACUUGGGGCUUCUGAAGGAAUGGGUGUGUGCGCAAGCCCAACAAAGAGCACAUCUGCCUGCAACAAAAUUCUUAAUGGAUCUUUGCAGUUGGAAGACACAGAGGCAGCAGAUGAUGACAAGCCUGGUGACUACCAUUGCAUGUUCUGUAAAAACAAGUAUGACCGAAAGAAAGAGCUGGACCAGCAUCUUCUACAAGUUCACAAGCCAUAUAAAUGCAGGUUCUGUAGUUAUAUGACAUUGCGAGAGGAGACUUUGUUAAACCACAUCGAGAAAGAUCAUAUCACAACAGCAAUUCCAUUAAACAGAGAUGGAUUCCCAGAAAAUGGGAAAAAUGAUCUUAAUUCAGGUGAAUUUCCUUGUGAAAUCUGCGGCCAAGCUUUUGGUCAGGCUUGGUUUCUUAAAGCUCACAUGAAGAAGCAUAGAGGAUCAUUUGACCAUGGAUGCCAUAUAUGUGGCAGAAGAUUUAAAGAGCCCUGGUUUUUGAAAAAUCACAUGAAAUCUCAUGGCCCCAAAACUGGGAACAAAAACAAACCCAAAUCUGAUACUGAUCCAGUAGCCACUAUUAAUGAUGUUGUUCAAGAAGAGACCAUGAUGACUGGCUUAUGUCUCUAUGAAGUUUGCAUGAAAUGUGGAAAUUUAUUUACAAAUUUAGAGAGUCUAAAUGCACACAAUUUAGUCCACUGCAAAACAGAAGAAGGUUCUAGUGAAGACAAAACAGCACAAAAAACUAAUUUGCAAGAUGUCGGUUCAGAUGGGCCUGGGUCAAAACUAUUUUUCUUGGACUAUCUGAAUCUACGGCCUUUAGAAGAUACACUGAAAUGCACAGACAUGCAUCAAGGGAAGAGAGUUCCUGAACUUGACCCGAUCAAUAGCUAUCAAGCUUGGCAGUUGGCCACAAAGGGCAAGGUUGCUGAGCCAUCAGAAUAUGUGAAAUAUUUAGGAUGGGAUGAAGCCUUGGCAGAUGCAGAUGUGUGUUAUGACCGGGAUAAAGGUGAAUACAUUCAGAUCAAUCAGGAGAAACGCAAACGGGAGCAGGAAGGUAACAACAACAGCAAUCCAAAGAAACGGAGUUGCGCAAGUGGCAGCCGCACAGAAAAAAGCAGCAGUGCUCAACCUGGAGAGAAUGCUGUUGAAACACCUAAUGAGUUGGAAUUUAGGCCACCUUCAAGGCAGAGCCGCAGAUCUUCUCAGAACAAAUCUACUGAAUGCUUUGAAUGUGGGAAAAUUUUCCGAACAUAUCACCAGAUGGUGCUUCAUUCAAGAGUCCAUCGAAAGGAACGUAGAAGUUUGAGUGAAAGUGGUUCAGUUACUCACAAUGACCGCUAUGGAUCAAAUAGUGAAGGCGACUCUGCUAGUAGACCCAGUAGUCCUGACUCAGCUUCUGCUCCAGAAGACUCUUUGGCUUCUGGCAUUGGAGAUGACGGUGCCGAUGAUGACAGCUUUGAAGAAUCGGCUACACCAUCACCAGGAAUGAAAUCCUACCACCACGACUUUUCUGGUGAAGACAUUCCCAUGCAGAUUUUGAAAACCAACCAUCACCAAACUGUUGAUUCUGAAGACACCAGCAACUGUGAAGAUAACCAGAGUAAAUUGGAUGUGCAAAGACCUCCAUUUGUGAAAAGCGAAUUUUCUUCUGAUUUAAAAGUACCAGCUCUCAAUUACAACACAGACCCUCACAAAGCUAUCCAGAACAGUAGUACCUUGAUAUCGGUGGUGCAAAAUAACGCUGAGACUGUUGACACGAAAAAGCAUUUGGCAUCUGAGAAAAUGCAUCCAAACGGAAUGGCACUUGAUUUCCUUAAGGAACGUUCAGCACUAGACGCUACCAGUGUGGUUAAAGAAGGUCUUAUUCCACUGGAUCUAAGUGAAAAAUCAAGCAGAGAUGAGUUUUGUAGUAAUAGUGCUACUGAAUCUAUGAAGGCUGCGUUGGUUAUUCAUCAGUGUCCCUAUUGUAGUCAUAAAACUUUUUAUCCUGAGGUUUUAUGGAUGCACAAAAGAAUUUGGCAUAAAGUCAGUUGUAAUUCCAUGGCUCCACAGUGGGUUCAACAAAAUGGGUUUAAAAAUUUGAAAAAUAGUGUGCUGUUUCUUGUCAGAAGCGGACGCACUGGUCCCCCUCCAGCACUUGGUGGCAAAGACUGUCCACCAUUGCCCAUUGCCAGGUUCACACGUACUCAGAUGCCUAAUGUGCCUUCAGCACUUAAAGGCAGCCCUUCAACAAUGGGAAACACUUCAAAGGCUUCUGGUGGAUCUCGUGGGUUUAAUGGACCUAAAUCAAUGAGCUUCAAUGCACAACGACAACCCAAGGUGGCACAUGCCCAGGAGCAAUACAGUUCUGUGGUACAACAGCCUUUGUCAAAGACAAAGCAUGAUUCAAGCCCUAAAUUGACCCAAGCUGGAAGCUACAGCAGAAGUCACACACCCGCUCAAACAUCUGUAUCAAGACAAAUUCUGCAGCCUUCUAGUAGUAAACAAGCUGAAAAAUACCUAAUUUCCCAGGGAGCGCAUAGCUAUGCAUCUCCAAAUAAACUUUCUUUGCCUGAUGCGAUUAAAACCAAAUUCACAUUGUCACAACCACAAUUUUCAUUUCAUAAAGUAGAUCCACAUGUUAAACAGGAGAGCCCUCUAGUGCCUCAAAGGGAAUCUCAGGCCAAGAAUAUAAAUGAAGUUGGAACAGCGCCCAACUCUAGUGCUGGAUCCAAGUCAAGCCCUGUUUUGCAAACUCAGUCAAGUGCAACGGGUGCCUCUUCGCCUUUUCAACCAGUAAAACAAGAACCAGCACCUGAGGGCCACGAAAAGAAACUAGACAUUUUAAAUAUUUUUAAGACCUACAUUCCAAAGGACCUAGCUACACUGUACCAAAGUUGGGGAGCCAAUAACAAUAAUUUGGAUAAUGCAGGAUUGCUUAGGACACAGGCACGCCAAGGAGAUUAUGUUUGCAUCGAGUGUGGAAAGUGUUUUACCCAGCCAAGCCAUUUAAGGACCCACAUGAGGUCCCAUACAGGGGAGAGACCAUUCCAAUGCAGAUAUUGCCCAUACAGUGCCUCUCAAAAAGGGAAUUUAAAGACUCAUGUGCAAUGUGUGCAUCGGGUACCUUUUGAUAACAGCGAGUACCCCGACAAGCAGCUCCUCCGACCUGAAAGUGACAAUCCCACCAGUUACAUAGAGGACCAGCUGGAAAACAUGCCUUCUAAUCAUCAAGUCACUGGAGCUGUUGCAUUAAAGUGAAGCUAAAAUGUGACACCUUCCCUCUUAGUGCGACGAUACUCCUGUACUAUAUAGUGUUUUAUAAUAAAGAUGUAGGCGAAUCUACAUCCAUAUCAUUUUAAAUGCUGUUCAGACUUUGUUAAAAAUAGCAGUUGCUGAGAUGGCACAUGACACAGUCAUGAAGCAGAGUUUCAUCACACACUGGAUGGAAGGGGUACAGCAUAACACAGCUGGGACAGUUUAAGCACUGAUCUGUAAUCUACUCCAGAGGACUACUUGCGAGUGUCAAAGGAGUAGCGGAGACAAGGCACAAUAAGUAACGCGUUGGAUUUAUUUACCACUGAUUUGCUUAAAGCCGAACUGCUCAGUGAUGCUGCAUAAUAAUAUGCAUUUAUUAAAUUUGAAGAGCAGCUCAUGAUUUUGAUGGUCUUAAUUCUGACGACGAAUCACAAGGUGCCGCCACGUUCUGCUGUUGACCGAUGUGAACAAUAAAACACUUAACGUGAUGCUACAUGAACACUAAUACCGUAGGAAAAAUUGCUUCUUGAUUUUACUCUCAGGACUUUUUUUUUUUUUUUUUUAAUAAUAGGGCUACUUUCUUACACCUGUUCACAAAUGAUUAUGCAAUGUUUUCCCUUUGUAAAUGCCACACAACAGCUGCAGAGUUUAGUACUGUACUAGAUAGCGAAAUAAUUAAAAGAAGAAAAAAAAUAGUUGGGCAUGUGAUAGCAUGCAUGCAUCUCCCCACUGCAAAACCACCCUUCUCCAAGCCGGUACCUUGAGAGAGGUCUUAAGAUUUUUUCUUUCUUUCCUGUUUAUAGCAUGUUUGAUGAUGUUGCCUAUUAAGUUGUCUUUGUUAUUUGGUGGAAUUCAGGUUGUGGGGGGAACGAACAUAUAAAAAAAAAAAGCUUUAUAUACCUCUUCUGCAGCAUUUUUAUGGUGAGGUGAUGGUAAACAAAAAUAAAGCAGUGAACUCGGUUUACCCCUUCAGUCUAGCAAACAGCAUUGCUGUGCUGUUCACUGGGAGGGAUUGCAUAUGUUUUCCAUAGAUCUUCUUUUGCCCAUUGUUGCUGUGACACCAUGUGUUACAGCAACACAUCUAAGAGUCCCAAAUCUUUGCACAUUUGAUUUUAUGCAUUAUCAACAAAGUUACUGCUGCCUUGAAAAGAAUAUGUUCUGUGAAAAAAAAAAUGCAAAAGCUUUACUAGUGUGUGUGUUUUUUUUAAUUGUAACCUUUUAUAAAGGCAGGAAAUGGGUAUAAAAUAAAAUCCUAGCAUGCUAAAUAUAUUUUUCAAAAAAGCAAUAAUUUUACAUGUACAGA